AUGCGAUUUUUAUCUGUUGUUGCACUCUUGCAACUUCCACUCGUUCUUGCUGCAGACACUGUAAAAAACCUUGUGGUCUUUGGUGAUUCCAAUGCUGAUGUUGGCAAUUUCCAAAGAUGGACCAAUGGACCUGUGUGGAGUGAGGAUCUUGCAGUCGGCUGGAAUGCAACUCUUCAUAGUUUUGCUUAUACUGGGGCUACAUGUGACAGAGCUAGAUUUUCAAGCGUCAUGCGUUAUGACGAUUCCCCGAGUAUAAAGGAUCAAGUGGAGAUGUAUUAUCAUCAGUCAUUGAAUCAUGAUCCAGCAGAAACGGUAUAUGCAAUCUUGGUGGGUGCAAGUGACAUUCACAAGUCAUUCUUGCAAAGAGUAAAUAGUACAAGUAUCCCAGAUCUCAAGCCAGUAGUAGAGUGUAUUGGGCAACAACGCAAUAUUCGUAAAAUGUAUGGUGCCAAUCGCUUCUUGGUAUUUAAUGUUCUUCCUAUGGAGCAUAUGCCAUUCUAUAAGGAUUCGUCCCUUGCAGCGUCGCGUGGUGAGGCGGCAAAAGAGUUUAAUCGAUUGUUGGCCAAGGAAGUCACCAAGAUGAACAAGUAUCACCAUGCACUUGCUCUGGAUCUUAUUGACGUCCAUUCACUCUUAUCUGACUUAAUGGCCAAUCCUACAGACUUUGGUUUCAAAGACGCUUCUUCCGCUUAUCUGGGUCAGUGUCGGGAACGCUGUGACGGGCGAGAUGUGGACAAAUAUGUGUGGUGGGAUAGGACACACUUGACAGGAGGCGCCCAUCAUAUGAUUGCAAACAGCAUACUAUUAGCAGGAUCAUUUGCCCCUUCAACCUCUAUCGACGCUCAAAAGACGAUUGAUGCCUUGGCACUUCCAAAUUCUCCUCACAGAUCCCCUAUUUAUAAAUCUCCUCCAAAUACUGGUAUCAUGGAUCGCCUGGCAGCCGAAGCAGAACAAAGCUCAAAAAAAGGCGCGACUGAACCACCCGAACAAACAUUAGAUGAUGAGACAGUUGAGCCCAACAAUAUAGCCAACUAUGUGGUAAUAGGUGGCUUUGUGUGUGCUGUUCUUGUUUAUUGGACAAGACGCCAAAAAAAAAUCACUGGCAGAUGGCCUAAUCCAUUUCAACACAUUUCAUCGCGUCUUCGGUCCACUACCUUUACACCCGUACGCUCUACAGAUAAUGUGAUGGCCUAA